CUCAGAUUCAUGAUCUGUGAAUGGAGAUAAUAAUACCUACUUCAUAGAACUGCUGGAAAAGCUAAAUGUGAUAAUAAAUAUGAAGUUCCUAGGACGAAGUUGGAAACAUGAGAGAUAAUGUUUAAAGGAUUCUGCAUCAAUAUUUGGUGUUGGACAAAUUCAAAAUCUCUUCGACUUUUGAUCUCCUGCUUCGUUGCCUUCCAGCUUUAACUUACUUGUGACCCCUUCAAACAUUUUACAUGGUUUGCAAUGGUUACAUGAACUUGUGGGGAGUGAUAUUUGCACCAUCUCAUACUUUAUUCACUAUGGCACUUUAGGAAAAGAAAUUGGAAUAAACUUCCAAAGCGGUAUUUUAAAAAAUGAAUCUUAUUGUGAAGCUUCGGAGAAGUUUUCGAACAUUGAUUGUUCUCUUAGCUACCUUUUGCUUGGUGAGCAUUGUCAUUUCUGCCUAUUUCCUCUACUCUGGCUAUAAACAGGAAAUGACACUUAUUGAAACCACUGCAGAAGCAGAAUGUGCUGACAUCAAAAGUCUACCAUAUCGUUCACUGGAGAUAAAAACAAUUAAACCUAUUGAUACAUCCAAAACUGCUCCUACUGUCCUCCUAUUUGUGGAGAGCCAAUACUCUCAACUUGGUCAAGAUAUCAUAGCUAUCUUGGAAUCUAGCCGAUUUCAGUACCAAAUGGUCAUUGCCCCCGGCAAGGGGGAUAUACCUCCUCUUACAGAUAAUGGCAAAGGGAAAUAUAUUUUAGUUAUUUAUGAAAAUAUUCUGAAGUAUGUCAGCAUGGAUUCAUGGAAUCGAGAGCUUUUAGAAAAAUACUGUGUGGAAUACAGUGUUAGUAUAAUCGGUUUUCAUAAAGCCAAUGAGAACAGCUUACCAAGUACACAAUUAAAAGGCUUUCCAUUAAACCUUUUCAAUAAUCUAGCUCUAAAGGACUGUUUUGUCAACACUCAGUCUCCUUUGCUGCAUAUUACCAAAGCCCCCAAGGUUGAGAAAGGCCCUCUUCCUGGGGAAGACUGGACUAUUUUCCAAUAUAAUCAUUCAACCUACCAGCCUGUGCUUUUAACUGAAUUACAGACAGAAAAAUCCCUUUCAUCCUCAUCCAGCAAACCACUCUAUGCGACGGUGAUCCAGGAUCUGGGACUUCAUGAUGGAAUUCAGCGAGUUCUUUUUGGCAACAACUUAAACUUUUGGCUACAUAAGCUCAUCUUCAUAGAUGCCAUUUCCUUCUUGUCAGGGAAGAGGCUGACACUGUCCUUGGACAGAUAUAUUCUGGUGGACAUUGAUGAUAUCUUUGUUGGGAAAGAGGGAACAAGGAUGAAUGUCAAAGAUGUAAAGGCAUUACUAGAGACUCAAAAUUUACUGCGCACUCAGGUUGCAAAUUUUACCUUCAACCUUGGAUUUUCAGGGAAGUUUUACCACACAGGGACUGAAGAGGAAGAUGAAGGAGAUGACCUUUUGCUUAGGUCUGUAGAUGAGUUCUGGUGGUUUCCUCAUAUGUGGAGCCAUAUGCAGCCUCAUCUCUUCCACAAUGAGUCAUCUUUGGUUGAACAGAUGAUUCUCAACAAGGAAUUUGCACUGGAGCACGGAAUACCUAUCAACAUGGGCUACGCAGUGGCACCACAUCACUCAGGGGUCUACCCAGUUCAUAUUCAGUUGUAUGAAGCUUGGAAGAAGGUCUGGGGUAUUCAGGUCACCAGCACUGAAGAAUAUCCACAUUUGAAACCUGCACGGUACCGAAAGGGCUUCAUUCACAAUAACAUCAUGGUCCUCCCUCGACAGACCUGCGGGUUGUUCACACACACUAUUUUCUACAAAGAAUAUCCGGGAGGACCCCAAGAAUUGGAUAAAAGUAUCAAAGGAGGUGAACUUUUCCUCACAAUCCUUCUAAACCCGAUCAGCAUUUUCAUGACCCAUUUGUCGAACUAUGGGAAUGACCGCCUAGGGUUAUAUACCUUUGUGAACUUGGCCAACUUCGUGCAGAGCUGGACCAACCUGAAAUUGCAAACUCUGCCUCCCGUGCAACUAGCGCACAAGUACUUUGAGCUCUUCCCUGAGCAGAAAGACCCUCUCUGGCAGAAUCCAUGUGAUGAUAAACGGCACAAAGACAUUUGGUCCAGGGAGAAAACUUGUGACCAUUUGCCAAAAUUCCUUGUCAUUGGGCCACAAAAAACAGGAACAACUGCACUUUAUUUAUUCCUUCUUAUGCACCCUUCCAUCAUCAGCAAUCUUCCCAGUCCCAAAACAUUUGAAGAAGUUCAGUUCUUUAAUGGCAACAACUACCACAAGGGCAUUGAUUGGUAUAUGGACUUUUUUCCUACUCCAUCCAACAUUACAAGUGACUUUCUGUUUGAAAAGAGUGCUAAUUACUUCCAUUCAGAAGAAGCUCCCAAGCGAGCAGCAUCUCUGGUCCCCAAGGCCAAGAUCAUCACCAUCCUCAUCGACCCCUCAGACAGGGCAUACUCUUGGUACCAGCACCAACGAUCACAUGAAGAUCCAGCUGCCCUGAGGUUUAAUUUCUACGAAGUUAUCACAACUGGACAUUGGGCCCCACCUGACCUAAAAGUUUUACAAAGGAGAUGCUUAGUACCUGGAUGGUACGCGAUCCACAUAGAAAGAUGGCUAACUUACUUUGCUACUUCUCAGUUGCUAAUUAUUGAUGGACAACAGCUGAGAUCUGACCCAGCUACUGUGAUGGAUGAAGUCCAGAAGUUUCUGGGAGUUACACCUCAUUAUAAUUAUUCUGAAGCACUAACGUUUGAUCCCCAAAAGGGCUUUUGGUGUCAACUACUGGAAGGAGGAAAGACCAAAUGUCUUGGAAAGAGCAAAGGCCGAAAAUAUCCACCCAUGGAUCCAGAGUCUAGAACUUUCCUCUCUAAUUACUACCGAGAUCACAACGUGGAACUGUCCAAACUGCUACACAGACUGGGGCAGCCUCUGCCAUCCUGGCUGAGACAGGAGCUACAGAAAGUGAGAUAGCACUGGAGACAAGAACAAGGCUCGAAGGAUGCUUCCUUUUACUGUUAAAUAGAAAAGCAAACCCCACAUCUUUUACUCUUCUACUGCACUUGUGAUUGUCAACAGAGGACUGUGUGAAUCAAAUUCCUUCUAUCUUUUUCAUAAAAUGAAAACUGUUAUAUAUGCGCGCAUUGGCAAUUACUAGCAUCCAUCCCUGUGUGAGCUUCUAGGAAGUAAUGUGGGGUUUUGUGGCAUUAUCCAGUUUCCAGUGCGGGGAUCAUAACACAGCCCAGUUACUCGGUUAAUCACAAGGUUUCAGAAAUUCUACAUAAAACCGAGAAUCCUAAUUAUAUGCAAGUGACAGAUUAGAAUCUUGAGGAAAAUAUAAGGACAGAGAUAUCUGAAAAUGAAGGUAGCAGGAACCCAAUAUCUGAAUUUAAGGGCUUACAUUUUCUCUUUGCUGAUUUAAAAACAAUUUGCUUUUGUUGUGAAAAGCAAUCCUAUGAUCCCAUAAUCUUAUUUUGAGCAGUUAUUAUUUAUCAUAUUUAGCCCACAUAUUUUCCGCUGUUACUCCUCUUUAUGGAUUUCCUUCACUUGCUAGGGAAGUU